AUGGACCGUCCGGAGCCUGGACUGAUCAAGUGGUCGCAGAUUCCUGGCCACGAUAGCUUCAUCCACAUCAACCUACAGCAUCGCGUCGUUCAGGUGUACGAGCCCAACGGACUCGCGCAGAGAAGCAGGUUCGACUACAAAAGGCUAUCGAAACACGAUGAUUUCCCCACGCUCACUACGUAUGACUGGUCGCCGACGGUACCAGGCCUUCUGGCCGUCGGCACCCAGACCGGUGUUGUUAACCUGCUGAGGAUGGACGACAACUCCAACGCCUACAUCGAACUAAAUCUCAAGAUGACGAGAACGUGUCAAGCGGUGGCUUUCAGCACCGAAGGGCUCCUCGCCGUUGGCCUGGACAGAGUGCGGAUGGACCAGUGCCUUCACAUCUGGGACGUCAACCGGCUGUCAACGAUGAACAAGACAGCCAAGGGGUUCCCCAAAGAUUUGCACGCGUUCACGGACCCGGCCUACCGACUGGAACCGAGUGUAUCGGUGUCGAGCGUCAAGUUCUUUGAGGAUAGCCCCAAGACCUUGGUGGUGGGGAUCAAGGCCCAAGGCCUGCGCAUCCACGAUCUCCGAGAUUAUGCCGACCAGAACUACUUCGCGUCGUCGGCACUGGACCAGCCUGGCAUCAUGAUCUGGGACAGACGUGCAACGUCGCGGCCGGUCGCUUCGCCAUCGUACUUGGGCGCGGUGGACGAGGACGACCUCCCGUGGGGCGGUGCCCUGAAACUCGACCGGGUGGUGGAGAUGGACGACGACCCGUCCCUGAGCGAAAGCAGGCAUUCCAUCGUUCGCUCCCUGCGCUAUUGCCGGGAUCAUCGCGGGCUUCUGGCCGUGUUGUCUCGAUCUGGCCAGCUCAAGGUCUUGGACACGAACAAGGAGAUAACACAUCGCGACAUGACUCUCGAGGGCAGCCCCGAGCUGCUGGAGGUCCAUAAGUCCUACGACAUGGAUGUCCAAUACGGCGACAGCGGCAGGAAGAACGAUCGCAUUGUGUCUUUUGACUGGGUGACGCUGGACUCGGCGGUGCUACAGCCACGCCUUGUGAUCCUGCGCGCCAACGGAACGUUCGAGAUCCUCGAGCAACCGUCGUAUACUUCCGACUACCUCUACAAACUGACGCCGUGGCAGCCGCCUCAUCGGGGACUGGAAGAAGGAUCCGAGUACCACAGCAUAAUGGAGUUCGAGCCUUCACAUUGCUCUGACAUGCUCGGUCCCUUGUUUGUCAAGGAGGCACUCUCGGAUAUCCCCAUAUUUGGCCCUAACAAGGCCGACAUCCAGUCCAUCGUGGACAAGACGUUGCAGUCCAAGUUCUCGGCCGCCGAUCUCAACGGCAAGCUGAUCGGCAAUGCGGACAAGGCCUCUCCGGCAGUCGACAAGUCCAGGCCGACUGCAGAGAGGAUGCGGGCUUUGAGGCUGGAGCUCAAGGAAAAGGCCAAAAAUUCAGAGACGAACGGGGCCGAAAGCUCAGCUAUGGAGGAGUCAAUCAGCUCGCUCGCCCAGCUCUCUCUUUCCAAAGAAGGGCCGGUUUCUUGUCGUCACAUGCACGAGCAUCUUCUGUCAUUGCCGUUGAAGGCUCCGGACUUGUCGACCGAAGCUCAGUGCCUUCUCGACCACGUCAUGCUCCUCCGCGCGAAAGAGAAGUACCUUUUUGACUGUAACAUCAACCGUGUCGUCGUGUCUGAUGACCCAUGGCUACGUUAUGUGUGGGACUGGAUCGCUGAUGCGGAAGACGCUGCCUUUGACGGAGGCAUGAAGCUGUCACCGCUCGACCUCAGCUACAUGGGCGUGUGUACUAUCUGGACCGACGAUCUGGGUUCGUGA